GCUCUGUUUUAAGGGGAGCGCGUUGAGUGUUACACAGCUUGGUCAUCCAAUGAGGAGCACGCUUUAUGCGCAGGCGCAGAGACCAGCGGUGUGUUUCGGUUUCACGCGUGGAUCUCGAUCACGUUUUCCACAAUGUCAACACUGAGGGGCAUGUUUCUGUACAGUGCGCUCCACACCUCAGCACGUGUCCUGAAGAAGGUAAAGACGAGGACCGCGGCGGAGCACCGCUGGCUCCAGCGGCAGCUCAAAGAUCCUUAUGUUAAAGCUUCGCACAACCAAAACUAUCGGUGCAGAAGCGCCUUCAAACUCCUGGAGAUAGAUGACAAGUUCAGGCUCCUACAGCCCGGACAUGCAGUGGUGGACUGUGGAGCUGCGCCCGGAGCCUGGAGUCAGGUGGCGGUGCAGAGGGUCAACUCCGCCGGGGCAGAUCCUACUGCUCCCCGUGGGACUGUGGUGGGGGUGGAUUUGUUGAACAUAUCAGCUCUAGAUGGUGCUCACUUCCUGUCCCAUCAUGACGUCACAGACCCCUCCACACACGCCAAACUGCAGCAGCUGUUACCCACUGGCCACGCUCAUGUCCUCCUGAGUGACAUGGCCCCAAAUGCGAGUGGAUUCAGGGAGCUGGACUGUGAGAAACUCAUCUCUAUGUGUCUGACAUUGAUAGACUUGGCAGAAAAGGUUUUACUGCCUGGAGGCUCUCUGCUGUGUAAAUACUGGGAUGGCCCCCUCACUCACUCACUUCAAGAAAAACUGUCCUGCGUCUUUGGGAGUGUGAGGACUGUGAAACCAAAUGCAAGCCGAAAAGAUUCAUCUGAGAGAUAUUUCCUUGCUAGAAUGUACAGAAAGCCAAUCAAGAAAGUUUUGUAAUGUAUUUCUAUGGAAAAUGAUUUGUGCUUUUUAUUAAUACUGCACUGUGCAACUUUUCUGGUAUAGGGUUCAUUACCUGCUUGUCUCUAUGGAAAUCACAUUACUGGCCUGGAAUGUUACGCAGUGUGACAUCAAACUUAUAUCUCUAAGGAGACAAGUAGAUCAUGGCACCAGGACAAGCUACAGGUUAGUGGCUCUGUGGUGAAGAAUGGAUAAAUAUUUCUUAGUAAUAAAAACACCUACCGCAAACCUGCCACUGCUGCCUUAAAAAAAAAAAAAAAAGUUGAAUAUUUUAAGUCACUGAAAAUUGUCUCCAACAAGAAUAAAAAAGCUUUAAAAUGUAUGAUAACAUGAAAGGUCCUUGCUAUUCUCAAUGAGUAUUGUUGCCUUGUCAGUUUGUACCAAUGUUUUGUUCUGUUUUUGCAAUCUUUGACACUUAUCCACUUUUCAGGGAGAAUAAUAUUGAAUGUAAUAUUUUGUAUGUACUGAUAUUGUACAUAAAACAUCUGCAAUUUUAUGAAUACAAGAUAUAUGUUUACUGUGGAACAAUCCUGGCAAAGCAAUAACAUUUCCAUGAAGACAAGCAGUUGGCAGACACUCCAGCAGAGAAGUUGCGUAGUGAACUUUUAGGAGCAAGGUAAUUUAUAAAGUUAACCAAGAGGUGGCAGUGUUGAGGCAUGGUUUAAGCCCAGUGCAUUUGCCAGUCUGAUUAUAUUGCACAUACUGUAUAAACCGGCCUGAAUCAGUAACAUCUAAUAUGUAAACUAUAUCAUAAUUUACUGUUGUUGUCUUCAAGGUGGUACGACUCAAAAGUGCAAAGCUUUCUGAAGUUAUUGCUAUUA